AUGACGUCUUGCGGCGGAGGCGGCGAUGAUGGUGGCGCUCGCCCAACGCCGGCGGUGGUCUACGACGACCUGGUCGAGGUGCGUGAGCACGCCGCGGCGUUGCAGAACAUGUUGCAGGGUUCGUCCAGCGUGGCGGCCGCGGACGCGGGGGAGCUGGUGAAGGAGAUGAUGGGCAGGUUGUCGAGCGCUAUGUCGGUGCUGGGCACCAGUGGAGUCGCGGCGUCGUCAUCGGGAGCAGGCCGGGGACCCGGCGCGAGGAGGAGGAGGUCGGGCACGACGGCGGCGGCAGCCAGGCUGCAAGGCCGGAGAACCUCGAGGAGAAGGACGAAGAGCCCUUUCAUCAAGAUGGUCACGACUACAACGCUCAACGAUGACAAUUCAUGGAGGAAGUAUGGGCAGAAAAAUAUACAUGCCUCUACUAACCCGAGGAGCUACUACAGGUGCACGCAUAAGCCAGAUCAAGGAUGCAUGGCCACGAGGCAGGUCCAGAAGUCGGAGUCCAACCCAUCGGAGCUCGAAAUCAGCUACUACGGUCAGCACACCUGCAGGGACCCCUCCACGUUUCCAUCAUUCAUCGUCCAAGGCGCCGCUGCGCCGACGGAUGGUGCGCAACUCAUCAGCUUCGCACCCAAUAAUGGCGCCGCCGCAAGCACCAGCACGGGCGCCUUAUCACAUCGUCUCCUGAAAGAGACGAUGGAUCAUCGGGUGCUCUUCUCCCACUUCUCCAGCUACAGCUCCUCGCAGACUCAGGAGGGGUGUGCCCCCAGCAGUUCGCCGUCACCGGCUUGCCAAGAAAAGUUCAUGCAGUAUGCCGGCGGGCAGCUCGCCGACGUUCUGGGGCGGACGACGUCCGCGUUGACCGUUGGAUCAGCACCGACGGAGUACUGGCCGGUUGUGGGGGACGCCGGCGUCGACAUGGAUGCUGCCGCAGGCAUGGUGGACAGCUUCCCUUCCUCGCCAAGCAGCCUGGGGUUCAUGUCAGGCUCGCUCGGAUCGUUCGGCAAUAACCUUGGUGACGACGACCUGUUUGACUUCGAUUCCUGACGAUGGAAGAUGCAUCCAUGCAUGCAUGCUUAACACGCUUGCAAUUUGCAUGCAUGGUAUAAUAGUAGCUCAUUUUACUGGGCAUGUAAAGAUUUGGACAUGUAUACGUAUGUAUAGCUAGCCAAUAACGGUAGCUAGCUACAUAAUGUGUAUUGUAUUGACAUGUAACCUCCGUUAGUUUGCAUGUGUCAAAAAUGGAAAUAUGUACACAUGACCUUAAA